GCACUACCUUGAUGACACAUGGUACAUCAACAUGCUUUUUUCUAAGUUGACAUCGAGACACCAAAGUGAGGCUUUCUCUGAUCUAACUACAACCAAGGAAGUGGGUGACUGGCAUCCAAACAUUCUGCGGGUUCUAAAUUUUCACUUCGACCUGGUCACCAUCGCAUUCGAUCCGACAUUGGGACUCCUUUCGAGUGGAACUUCGUCUGGUGUGAUCCGUAUCUUUGGAGCUCCGGGUGUAGACGUGUCGCUAGACCUACCAGAACCACUACAGGUAUCCUUUCUUCGGUUUUCAGCUUCCACACGUCAACUCGUGUGUAUCGACGAACGCGACCAACUACAUGUCUGGGACCUGAGCCAAGUUGGACGCCCGCUGCACCAACAGACGUCGGCUUUGAACUCUUGUGUCAGCGACAUAUCCCUUUCUCCCUUCCAUACCCAUGCUCUCAUUGUGUUUCAAACGGGGGAGAUCAGAGCAUAUGACCUGCUCUCCCUCCAGAUGUCGCCGUACAUGAUCCCUAAUUUGUGGAAUUUGCACAUCGAAGAUGUAAACGCGACCAUGAAGUUACCCUCUGACCCGGCGAUGGAGCUGCCCAUAGAAAUUAUCUGUCACCCUCGAAACUUGAAAUGGAUUUUUGUUGUGUUCACAGGUGGGGUAGUGCUUUGUGACUUGGCAAAACGUUCAGUGGUGGCCGUUUAUACGCGUCCAGAGCCCGUCAGCGUGGGUUCGAUACACAGUGCAUCAUUUGCGACGUCGAUGGCCAUCCAUCCUUCUGGUCAUUUCUUCGCCGUUGGCUAUGCAGAUGGUGUCAUCGGCUUCUGGGCGAUCGCAGAUGAAGCGCGGCCCUUAUCCGUCAACACACUUGCUGAGUUAGGUGAGCAUGUCGGCGGUUGGUCGCCAUUCGAACAGUCACCUGGGGGUGUUGGUGAAAACAACCAACAUCCAAAUUUGGAGCCGGUAUGCAAAUUGGCAUGGUGUGGAUUCCCUAACACAAGCGAUUCGUGCGGAGGGAAUUCUUUGCUUCUCGUACUCGGAGGGUGCCCAACCACAAGCGAUCGGGGACUAGUAGCGCUCUUGAUGCCUACAUUCAACCCCGACUUAUCGGCACCCUUCCCUGACAAGUCAACUUCCCUACACCAAGCUGCGCGUGAUGAGAUGGUUCAAGUAUUGAUACCCAAGAGGGCACACAUUUACUCACCAUCUGCCCAAGUGCGUGACUUUUGCGUUGUCUCCUGCCAGACCCCCCACUUUUCCGGCAUAUGGGAUCCUGCUGCCGUAAUUUGCUUGUGUGGCACUUCGUCUGGCUCGCAGGGCGUGGAAACGUAUAGAUUUCCCCCACGGAGUUUCCUUGACAGUUCCCUUGCUUGUUUGGGGAAUUCAUCCGAUUCGUCAGAAACCGAUAUCGUUGGCCAUCUCGCUGCAUUACUAGAGGAGAUGAAACUUGACCUUGAUCAGGAGCUGUUAGUGCCGCCAAGUGCGCUGAGGUGCGGCCCAAGUAAAAUCGUUAAAGUCUAUGCACUGGACGUCAAAUGCGAAAUCAUGGAUUAUCUGUCCAAAGCUUCGACCGCAGGGAAUGCGUUGGUCUUAUGCGGUGGCGCAGCAUGGCUUGGUCCUGCCCGUCUAACACAAGCCAAACUCUCCAAGUACCAGCCAAGACGACUCCUCAUAACGAUCCAUGGUGACGCCAGCGUACGAUUCCACGAUAUCAGUCCACAGCUUCUCAUCACCACGCGAGAGUCUCCGAUGACCAAGGACUUCCCCGAAACACUCGUUGACUUGAUCAUUAACAUAUGUGACAUAUUUGCGGACCCUCAAUUGAGCAAGGUCAAUCUGCCGAUACUCCCAAAAAUACAGUCAGUUCAGUUCACUCAAGAGUCGCUGGAGUGUUCGAUUGCCCUAGAGACGGGGGAAGUUCUUCUCUACCGCUUCCGGCUGAAUGAUCGCCAACAACACGUGCCGAAGGAGGUGGACGAUGAAAUUGUUGUGCUUGAUCAAAGUCUUGCUGCAGGUUGCAAAUUUCGCCCGUACCUGAUGUUGCAUAGAAGACCAAGUAAAACGACGUCUCAUUCCCUCAAUGACGUUGGUUUCCUUGCAGUAGGUUAUGCAGACGGUUGUAUCUCUGUCGUCGACUUGCGGGGCCCUUCCAUACUCCGUGUCCCGCGACCUGAUCACCCGCGAAAGGGUCCACUUGAUUUCCAUCAAUCACGCAACUGUGGACUAGACGGUAUUGUUUCCCUGACGUGGACUGUGUCAGGAAUAGCUUCUGAACAAAACCUUUUCUUGAGGUUGAUUUCUGUUCAUGAAUCUGGAGCAUCCUACGUCUACAAGCUGGCUCGGCAGCCGGGCUCGUCAUCAUAUUCAUAUGUGGAAGCAGUCACCACAGAGACCCUACCCAAUCUAUUUGACAAUUCAUCCUUCGUGAUUGACUCCAGAACUGGCGCACUGAUGCGCGCUGACAAGGUUAUGUUUGCUGUUGCACUGCGGCAAGGUGAUAGUGUUGCAGCGAAUAGCUGUUUUUGGGUCACAGCAAGUGCGCAAGGUGCAGAGUGCAGGGUGGAUAUCACGGGGAAACGGGUGGGGAGAGUGAACUGGGACGCCAAACAGAACAUAAUCCACGCUUCGCCCGUCGAGAGAAACGGUUCCCAGUCAUUCGUCGCAUGGGGGUCGAAGGGUGAAAUAUUAAUGUACACCCUUCCUUCUCUCGAGCUCUUGCACACAAGCACCUUCUCACCGAUGCCUGCAAGCCUCAAUCUCAUAUCCGUCGACAUAACCGGUGACUUCAUCUAUUGUGAGACGACCGAACGGCCGGCUAUGUCGAGGGUUACGCUGGCUUCUUUGUUCUCCUCUAGAGGCGUCUAUGACGAGCCGAUUACGGCUCUAUUAGAGCACAUGACUACGACACCACCAAUACCACCCCAGCCACAACCAGCACCUCCAGGACUGUCAUCAGUUCUAAGUGCAUGGCUCGGCCCCCAUAUGUCUGCGUCAGGGGAACAGCAGCUUGAUAACAUAUUUGCUGGUCAAAAUAGACCUGUGCCGCGCCUUCGGUUUCCAGAUAGCGGAUCCCGGGACGUUGAACCAGUUGACCAUUCGAGUGCCCAGUCUGCAGUCGCCAACACCCUUCGACGCGCACAGGAUGACGUUUAUGGCAGGCUGAGCUCCGCUUUAACGGAGAGAGGGGAAUUGCUUGGUGCCGUAGAGCAGCGUGUCGAAUCGACUGCCCAACGGACGGAAGAGAUGGUCGCAGAGGCAAGGAGAGUCGCGGCGAAGCAAGGGGCGAAGAGAUGGUUUGGGUUCUGAAUGAUAUGUGGGCGAUAUUGCGCAGAGGAACAGGAGAAACGAAGAGCAAUAAGCAAGAACACUUGCCUUUGUUAGAAUGGUAGUAGAUUUGAGUAAUAAGCUUGGGGCUCAGUAGUUGUCGUUUAGACAGAAGAAAGCAAUGUGGAAUUGCGAUAGGGACUCUGGUCGAAAAGACCGAGUUUAUAUACAUGUAGCUUUACACAUGGACCAGUAGC